AUGUUGACCAGCCAUCUCUUUUCGGUCUACUCUCGUCAUUCGUCGCACAAUGGCCUGAAUUUGGUUCGAAUCACACCCCCCUUUUUAACGCCGUUCUAUUCUAUUGCUUGGCUUGCUGGGGAGGGGAAGAAGUAA